CAAGAAUGUUAGUUCCUGCUCUACACUGGCCGUUUCCUGUAAUCGUACAGUGUUGUGAGACGGAGAAAGCCAUGUGUGUCGAUGCAAAGGAAAACGGCAACAGUGGAUGUUAUUACUGAAGGGUGUCUCUGUCUUGGGUUCAAAGAAGAGCAAGCAGAUAUUCAAAAUAAAGAAGAGUAAAGGGACAGGCGGAAGAGGUGAAGGACUAGCAGGGGAAGCUGGGCAGGUGUUACCCCUCUUCCCCUGAGCCUCAAUCCCAGUUUUUCCCCAUACCAAAACUUAUGUUUCCACCCUACACAAUUCUAAAGCAUACUGGUUUGGCAGGAAGAUUUUAGUAAUUGGUUAGGGAAUUAAGUUUCUAAAUUCUUUCCCCACAGUUUCCCAUCAAUUUGAUUGAAGACCACACAGUUCACUGCUGUUCAUUGCUGGAUAUCAGGCAUUCCACAUUCAGUUUACUGAGUGGUCCUACUCUGCAGACAGCUCGGCAACAUGGCCGACCCCAUCAUGGACCUUUUUGAUGACACCCCUCUGUUCAACCUGGACUCUCUGCCGGAGGAUGCUUUCUCUCACGGCUCCUCGGACCCAGUUGAGGAAGCACUAAAGCUGGCUCUGGGCCAGGUAGACCCUCCUUCAGACGCUGGCACUUUGGUCCUUACUGACCCUAUGGCCCAUGUUUCUUCAGUCCCCUCAGUCAGUACAGUCACAGUCGCCCCUGCGGCCCCGGCGGUGGCCCCCACAGUGGCCUCCACUGUCCCGGUCCAAGUCCAGACACAGCAGCCCAUACAGGUCUCCCUCACACAGGUCCCGGUGUCCAUCCAGGCCCCCGUUUCCGUUCAGGCAAUGUCUCAGACGCCUCUCUCGGUGACUACCAGCAGCGGGACCACAACGGUGCUGAUGAGCUCCCCGUUGUCCGUCUCGGGGGGACAGACCACCACCCUGCAGCUGCAGCCCCAGCAGCUCGCUGCGGUCACCCAGCAGGCGGGAGGACAAGGGGCCCCCAAGAUCGUGAUCCUGAAGGGCCCCCAGGGUCAGAUGCUGCAGGGGGUAACCGGAGCUGCCAAUUCACCCUCGGGUAAGGUUACCAUCGCGCGGGUGUUGACCGGGACCCAGCUCAGGCCCGGCAUGUCUAUCAUGUCCGGGGGGACGGUGCUGAACACGGCUGCCCCAGGCCAGGGCCAGGUGAAGCUGGGCGCCGGGGUCCAACGUCUGGUGCAGACGGCCAACGGGCCCAUGAAACAGGUGCUGCUCACCUCCGUCCCGCAAUCGCAGGUGCAGACGCAGCCGAUGCAGGUGCAGAUCCAGUCGCAGGCGCAGCUGGGGCAGACGCAAGUGCAGCAGGUGCAGCAAGUGCAGCAGGUGCAGCAGGUGCAGCUCCAGACGCAAGGGCAGCCCCAACAGGUGCAGGUGCAGAUGCAGCCCCAGACACAACAGGUGUCCCUGCAGGCCGCCAUGCAGACGCAGACAGUGGUCACCACCACGGCGGGCACCACCAUGCGACCACAGGGAGUCACACUCACCACAGUGCCUCAGCAGGGGGGCGAGCCUAAGAGGAUCACGCUGGUGCUGCAGCAGCCCUCUCAGGCAGGCCAGGCCGGGGCGGUGACUGUAAGCGGGGCGACCACUGGCACGGGAGCGGCGGUGGCGACUGUGGCAGCUGGCACGGGCCAGCAGCAGCAGCCCAGGCUGGUGCUGGGGUCCCUGCCGGGGAAGCUGGUACUGCAGGGCGGCCAGCUGGCAGCACUCACCCAGGCCCGCGCCGGGCAACCUGGGGCGCAGCCAAAGGUGCUGACCAUCCAGCUGCAGGUCCAGCAGCAGCCCAACCAGCAGGGGGCCAAGUUUCAGCUGGUGUCUGGUGCAGGUGGCACCCCACAGGUUGUCCAGAUCACACAGGGACAGGGUGGGCAGAGACUGGCAGUGCCCCUCAAACUGCUGCUGCAGCCACAGACGAGCGGCGCGUCGUCGGGCGCCGGCACCCUCUCCGUGGUGAAGGUGAUCAACACGUCGGCCGCCGGCUCGUCCACCACCACCACCGUGGCCUCCCCCGGCGGCGUGCGCCUCGCCAAGGCCCAGGAGCCCGUCGUGCGGCGCGUGGAGACGCUCUGCAAGCAGGAGAAGGCCAACCGCAUCGUGGCCGAGGCCAUCGCCCGCGCCAAGGCCCGCGGCGAGCGCAACAUCCCGCGCGUGCUCAACCAGGACGAGCUGCCCUCGGGCCAGACGGCGGCGGACGCCGAGGGCCUCGGCCCGGCCACCCCGGGGGCCAAGAAGAAGGGAGGCGGCGGCGGCGGCGGAGGCGGGGGCAAGAAGAAGAGCCCGGUGGCCGCCGUGGCCGGAGGGAAAGGAGGAGCCGCCGGAGGGGGAGGAGACAAGAAAGGAAAGGCCAAGGUGGGAGGCGCCGUGGGAGUUGCCGGGGCGACAAGCGGAGGAAGCAAGAGCAAAGGCAAAUCAAAACUCAACACCAUUACUCCAGUGAGUGGAAAGAAGAGGAAGAGGAAUGGCUCCUCAGACCACUCUGAGGGGGAGGCCAGUCCCGCUGCCUCACCACGAACACUGGAAGAGGACAUGCUACAGACGCGUCGCUCCAACCGUCAGAUCAAGAGGAAGAAGUACACAGAGGACCUGGACAUCAAGAUCACAGACGACGAGGACGACGGGGACGAGGACGUGGACGUGACCACUCCGGCCGUGGUGCCUGUGGCCGCCCCGAGCCAGUCCAUGGGCCAGCAGCUGCAGCAGGAGCUGGGGGUCGAUGCCGACGGCGUCAACAUGCAGUUCUUCGUGGAGAAUCCCAGUGAGGAAGAUGCUGCCAUUGUGGAUAAAGUGUUAUCGAUGAGACUAACCAAGAAAGAGCUCGCUACAGGCCAGUUGGUCAAUGUGGAGGAGUUCUUUGUCAAGUACAAAAACUAUUCUUAUUUACACUGUGAGUGGGCCACACUUGAACAGCUGGAGAGAGACAAGAGAAUCCACCAGAAGCUGAAGAGAUUCAAGAUCAAACACGCACAAAUGAGAAACCUCUUCCAAGAGGAGGAGGAGGCCUUUAACCCAGACUACGUGGAGGUGGACCGCAUUCUGGACGAGUCCCACAGCGUGGACAAGGACAACGGAGAGCCGGUGGUGUACUACCUGGUGAAGUGGUGCUCGCUGCCUUAUGAGGAUGCCACCUGGGAGCUGAAGGAGGACGUGGACGAGACGAAGGUGGAUGAGUACAGGGUGAUCCAGGACCGCCAGGCCUGUGUCAAGAGAACCGCCCGCCCCCCUGCGGCCUCCUGGAAGAAGCUGGAGGAGUUUCGAGAGUACCGCAACGGCAAUACCCUGAGGGAGUACCAGCUGGAGGGGGUCAACUGGCUGCUCUUCAACUGGUACAACAGGCAGAACUGUAUCCUGGCCGACGAGAUGGGCCUGGGGAAGACCAUCCAGUCCAUCGCGCUGCUGUCGGAGGUGUACGCGGCCAACGUGCACGGGCCCUUCCUGGUCAUCGCGCCGCUCUCCACCAUCACCAACUGGGAGCGCGAGUUCACCACCUGGACCGACCUCAACGCCAUCGUCUACCACGGCAGCCUGGCCAGCCGGCAGAUGAUCCAGCAGUACGAGAUGUACUGCAAGGACGACAAGGGCCACUUGAUCCCAGGUGCGUAUAAAUUUGACGCGCUGAUCACCACCUUUGAGAUGGUGCUGUCGGACUGCCCCGAGCUGAGGGAGAUCUCCUGGCGCUGUGUGGUCAUCGACGAGGCCCACCGUCUCAAGAACAGGAACUGCAAGCUGCUCGACAGCCUCAAGAUGCUCGACCUGGAGCAUAAGGUGCUGCUGACGGGGACUCCCCUGCAGAACACGGUGGAGGAGCUCUUCAGCCUGCUGCACUUCCUGGAGCCCGCCCAGUUCCCCUCGGAGACGGAGUUUCUGCGGGAUUUUGGCGACCUCAAGACAGAGGAACAGGUGCAAAAGCUGCAGGCCAUCCUGAAGCCCAUGAUGCUGCGGCGUCUCAAGGAGGACGUGGAGAAGAACCUGGCGCCCAAACAGGAAACCAUCAUCGAGGUGGAGCUGACGGACGUGCAGAAGAAGUACUACCGCGCCAUCUUGGAGAGGAACUUCAGCUUCCUCAGCCUGGGCGCCUCCAACAACAGCAACGUGCCCAACCUGCUCAACACCAUGAUGGAGCUGCGCAAGUGCUGCAACCACCCUUACCUUAUCACAGGUGCGGAGGAGAAGAUCGUGGCCGAGCUGAGGGAGGUGUACGACCCCAUGGCCUCCGAUUUCCACCUGCAGGCGCUGGUGCGCUCGGCCGGCAAGCUGGUGCUGCUGGACAAACUGCUGCCGCGGCUCAAGGCCGGCGGACACAAGGUGCUCAUCUUCUCCCAGAUGGUGCGCUGUCUGGACAUCCUGGAGGACUACCUCAUCAACAAGCGCUACCUGUACGAGCGGAUUGACGGCCGGGUGCGUGGGAAUCUGCGCCAGGCGGCUAUCGACCGCUUCAGCAAGCCGGACUCGGACCGCUUCGUGUUUCUACUGUGCACCCGGGCCGGAGGGCUUGGCAUCAACCUCACUGCAGCAGACACCUGUGUCAUCUUUGACUCCGACUGGAACCCCCAGAAUGACUUACAGGCUCAGGCUCGCUGUCACCGUAUUGGCCAGUCCAAGGCGGUGAAGGUGUACCGGCUCAUCACCAGGAACUCGUACGAGAGGGAGAUGCUGGACAAGGCCAGCCUCAAGCUGGGCCUGGACCGGGCCGUGCUGCAGAGCAUGAGCGGCAACAAGGAGACCAACGUCAAUGGACAAGUCCAGCAGUUCUCCAAAAAGGAGAUCGAGGAUCUUCUGAGAAAAGGCGCGUACGCCGCCAUCAUGGACGAGAACGAUGAGGGCAGCCGCUUCUGCGAGGAAGACAUCGACCAGAUCCUGCAGCGGCGUGCCACCACCAUCACCAUCGAGAGCGAGGGCAAGGGCUCCACCUUCUCCAAGGCCAGCUUUGUGGCCUCCGAGAACCGCACGGACAUCGCCCUGGACGAUCCCGAGUUUUGGCAGAAGUGGGCCAAGAAGGCAGACGUGGACUUUGACACCAUGAACAGAAAGAACACUCUGGUGAUUGACACGCCCCGCGUGAGGAAGCAGACGCGGCAGUUCUCCAGUCUGAAGGGGGACAGUGGGAACGACAUGACCGACGUCGACAGUGACGAGGAGUACACCCACAAUUCCCGGCAGCAGCGCUACUCCCGACGCUCCGACCGCCACUCCGGAAACGGCUACGGACGCACAGACUGCUUCCGGGUUGAGAAGCACCUGCUGGUGUAUGGGUGGGGGCGCUGGCGAGACAUCCUGUCCCACGCGCGCUGCAAGCGUCGGCUGGGCGAGCGGGACGUGGAGACCAUCUGCAGAGUCAUCCUGGUCUUCUGCCUGCUGCAUUACCGCGGCGACGAGAACAUCAAGAGCUUCAUCUGGGAGCUGAUCACGCCUCCUGAGAACGGCCGAGCUCCACACGCGCUCCUCAACCACUCCGGCCUGUCCAUCCCUGUGCCUCGUGGCCGUAAGGGGAAGAGGGUGAAGGCCCAGAGCUCUUUCGACGUGCAGAAGGUGGAGUGGAUCCGCAAGUACAACCCAGACACGCUGCUGCUCGACGACAGCUACCGCAAGCACCUCAAGCACCAGUGCAACAAGGUGUUGCUGCGGGUGCGCAUGCUCUACUACCUGAGGCAGGAGGUCAUAGGAGACAACGCUGACUCCGUCCUGAAAGGAGCAGAUGCCAGGGACAUCGACAUCUGGAUUCCGGAGAUGGAACAGCAGGAGUAUCCAUCUGGCUGGUGGGACUCUGAUGCCGACCGCUCCCUUCUCAUUGGAGUGUUUAAACACGGUUACGAGAUGUACACUACCAUGCGUGCCGACCCAUGCCUGUGCUUCCUGGAGCGCUGCGGUCGCCCUGACGAUCAGGCCAUCGAUGCCGAACAGCACUCGGCUGAUCCGGAACUGGGAGAAGGGGGGGACUAUGACAAAUACUCAGAAGACCCAGAGUUCAAACCCCAGAUGAGACACAACAAAGACUCCUAUGACGAGGGUGAUUCCAUGAACACUGAUGAGAUCUGCGUGGAAGACCGUUCUGCCCCCGUGGCAUCCGAGGGGCCAUCCUCUAGCCAGACGGGCAGCUGCUAUUGGCCGACCAGCUCGUCGCUCACUGCCCGCUUGAGGCGCCUGAUCACGGCCUACCAGCGCAGCUACCGGCGCGAGCAGCUCAAGAUGGAGGCCGCCGAGAAAGGGGACAAGAGGCGACGGAGGUGCGAGCAGGCCUCCAAACUCAAGGAGAUCGCCCGCCAGGAACGCCAACAGAGGUGGACCCGACGCGAAGAGUGCGACUUCUACCGGGUGGUGUCCACGUUCGGCGUGGAGCGGAUCAAGAAAGAGCCCGGCGUCCCGGAGGGAGAGGAGGCCGAGAUGGACUGGAGCCGCUUCCGCACGUUCGCCCGACUGGACAAGAAGACGGACGAGAGCCUGACGCGAUACUUCCGCUGCUUCACGGCCAUGUGCCGUCGCGUGUGUCACCUGCGGCCCUCUCGUGGAGAAGACCCGUCUGAGAUGUCCCAGUCUCUGGCCCCCAUCACGGAGGAGCGCGCCUCCCGCACCCUGUACCGCAUCAGUCUGCUGCGGCGGCUGCGGGACCGCGUGCUGCCCCACGCCUCCCUGGAGGAGCGGCUGCAGCUGGCCAUGCCGGGCCCCGAGCUGCCCGUGUGGUGGAGCGCGCCGCGCCACGACCACGAGCUCAUGCUGGGCGCCGCCCGCCACGGCGUCAGCCGCACCGAGCAUUCCAUCUUCCACGACCCGGAGUUCUCCUUCCAGCAGGCCCGGCUUGACUACCUCCACAACCAGCAGGCCUCUACUGCUGCUGCUGCUGCCGCCGCCGGCACCUCCUCCUCCUCCACUACGCCCAGCGGGCAGGUCACGGUCAAAGAGGAAGGGGCCGCGGAGGAAGAGUCGCGCCUGCUAGGCUCCGACGCCCUGUGCCAGUCCGACUCCCCCGCGAUGCCCCUGGCGGAGCACCCGGAGGGCAAAGGGCGCGGGCAGGCCGGCUGGGGCUGGAAGAAGAGCCGGGGCAGAGGGUCCCGGCGGGGCGGCAGGAAGGAGGGCGGCAGGAGCGAGGUGGGCGAGGGAGGGGGCGGGUCCGACUCGGAGUCAGACUCCGACUCAGACUCGUCCACUUCGUCCCGGCGUUCCGGCAGCUCAGACGAGAGUGGCGACAGCGACGCAGAGCGAGAGAGAGCUAUGAAAGUCUGUGAUGGGGACGAGGAGAACAGCAUGCUUUCCCUCACUCCGUCACAAGAGGGCGCUCAACCUGAGGCUGUCAACGACCCGCUGCGGGUGGACUGGCCUAAGGACCGUGUGUUAAUAAACCGGCUGGACAGUCUUUGCUCACUGGUGCUGACGGGACACUGGCCAGCAGGGCGGCGCUAUGCGUCAGAUGCCCAGAUGAACCCGCCCUCAGACGAGCAGAGUGACGAGGUGGGGUACCCACGCGUGGCCCGCAGGGGCACCGGUGCGCCCGGAGCCGAGGGUGCCGAAGGUCAAGAAUCCGAAUUCACUGUCAAGCUACUUAAGGAGGAAGGACUGAAGUUGACCUUCUCCAAACAGGCCCUCCUGCCCAAUGGCGAGGGAGGUGGUCGGCGGAAGCGUAAAGAUCAUGAGCUGCUAGACCCAGAGGGGGCAUCUGUGGACAUGAUGAGCCCAGGGGAGCGAGCCCCGCGCAGAAGGGACCUGCCCAACUGGCUGAAGGAGAACCCAGACUAUGAGGUGGAAGGAGACAUGCUGGAGCUGUUGGUGAACAGGACCAAACGGAAGCGGAGGAGGAGGAAGGCGGAGAAGGCAGCUGCACUUACUGGAGAUGAGAGAGUGAAGGUCAUCAACAUGAGGACAGGAAAGAAGUAUACUGGAAUGUAUGGCCCUGCUCUUCAAGACCUAAGGGAACACCUGGAAGAAAAUCCGGACCACGCUGUGGCACCAGAAUGGUCGGAAACCGUUCGCAACUCUGGCUUCCUGCCAGAAAGUCUAUUCCAUCGGCUGCUUUCGCAGCACUCUGUGAUCCCCAAGAAGGGUCAGGCCUACCUCGUGCCCACCCAGCCUGACGAUCCUCUUCUCGGGGGAGGCGAGGGCGAGACCCUGGUCUCGGACGGAGCGUACAUGAUGGAGGAGGAGGACCUGGAGGAGGGAGGAGAGAUGGCUUCCUCCCACCACUUCCUCACACCUUCCUUUGAUGUCAAGAUGGAGGCCGGCAGCCUGGAGAUGGACGGCGGCGACAGCUUGUCGCAAGAGGGAUAUGAGAGUUCCGACCGGGAGGCCAUUUUGGAUGAUGUCAUCAUGGCAUCCAAAAAUUCAGACAGUUCCUCCAGCUCAGAGGAUUGACCAAGUUUAUCUCAUUUGAAAAGGGUUCCCCUCCCCUAAAAUCAUGACAUUCUUUUCUUUAUAUCAUAUUCCUCCGCCUCUAUUAUAUUAUUUUUAUUAUUGUUAUUACUUUAAACAUGAUGAAUUAUGAAUAAUUUUUGCGUUUUUUUUUUCCUUGACUGUUUCUACUCCAUACUUUUAUUUAGUCGGGGGAAAAGGGCAUCAAAUUGUCAGGCAUUAUUCAUGUUCUCACUUUAUACACCUGUCCAAUCUCUCCCUGAAGCAGAUAGGUAGCAUACUAGGCCCCACAGCACACGCACACACCCUCUUUCCUCGUACCCCACAACUUCAAGCCCAUUCCCUGCCCUUCCUGGGGCUGCCGAGCUCUCAUGCUGCCUGGGAUUCACAGUACAGGCCAUCCUGGUGCCUAGUGUCCCCAGCCAAGAAGAGGAGGGAGUAUGUUCAUUGGAUGUAUGAUAUUGAGGAGGGAUAGGUAGGAUCUAGUUACUGAACCAGAUGUAGAAAGACAAGUGUAUUGUACAAUGUAGAGUUGUUCAGUUGCCUGCGAUGAUGCAAUUAUGAUGCUGAAUUUAUUCCUGUUUUAUGAACCGACUUCAACUGUCUGUGAUAUCGAUAUGAAUUACAAGCUACAGUGGAAAAAAAUUGUCCUUUCUCUUUUUUUGCAUGCAAUUGGGUUCGAGGUACUUUACUGAAAAUGGUUCUCUUAAAUACUGUGAAAGGGAUUUGCUUCA